UUGCUCUGUAUGUUUACUCCCAUCGGGCCAUUUAGACCGGUAGUAGUAUCAUAUGUAGCAUCGUAGCAUCAUGGACCAAAUGUUGCGUUAUUGCAUCGAAUCUUAUUUGCCUUUGACAGCGGGGCAAUAUGCGCUGCAAUGUAAAACUAAUUUCGCCUCGCUUCCCGCUACUUCUCUCCCCACCGUACGAUAUCUUUAGCACUCCAUGACGACGACGAUUUCCUUCUCUCUUUAUUCCACAUCCAACAAAAUAUCCAUUUUGUCCACACUGUACUCCAUCGCACCGCACCUCUCGCCAUCACACUGCACCGCACCUCACCCCACCACACUGCACCGCACCCCUUCCAACCCUUCCUUCACACCUUUCUUUCAAACGAACCCUUUCUUUAUCACAGAACGAUGAAUGAGAUGGCCAAAAAAGUCCAAAAUAAGAUUGAUACUUUCGCUCGGCCACGGCCGGAUGCCAAGAGCAUGGAGGACCACGGGGACGACUAUAUUACGCAGGAGCAUCAUACGGCACGAACGAGACCACACUCCUUCCUAUCGACCAGUUUUACCAUGGAGGAAAACGACUUCAGUGAAGCACCAGUUACACCUCUAUCAGACACUCGUUCAACUCGCCUUUCAUGCAGUUCAACCAGCGGUUCUCGGCACAGCCAACAAACGUCGUCAUCAGACCACCAGCACUCGAAAUACCGUUCCAAGAAUAGUCGAGAGUCUGCAGAGUACGAUGGAUACUGCUCUCGGCCUAAUUCGUUCGUAUCCACAUAUCAGCCGAAUCUCUCCCAUAAGAGCAGUUGGCAGUCUCUCCACUUGGGCGACCACAGCAGGAGGCCCGUCAAGGCAACCCUCAACAGCCCGUCAGAGAAGGAAUCUAAUGCGGCAUUCGACAGGAUUUGUUCUCUGCUCACACAUUUAAUCGUGGACGCAUCUACAGCUGUUGGCACAGAGUCGUCGGGAGCAGGAGCGACAGCAACAUCGUCAGUGCCGGCCAUAGUAACGCCCUUGAUGUAUGCCGAAUCUGAGAGCUCAGAGGAGACCCGGAGUGAAGGUGAUGGCGAUGUCGCAGACGAAAUGAAUCAUUUGGAUCCAAUCGACGACAGAGAUACGAGGAGAUGGGACAGUCGAGUGAGCAGAACCCGGAGCUACAGUGACAAGGGUGUCUCAAAGCGGAGGAGUUUAUUCCUAGAGCUCCAGAGCUGUCAACCAGAUUUCGGUGAUCCGAACGACCUCAACCAGCAUUUAUGUGAACAGGAGGACGAGCCAAUUUUAUGUACAGAGUAUGUACAGGAGGAAACUUUUAUUACGGAGCAGGAGUCUUUGGAGACACCUGCAUGGACUACAGCGGAGUCCCUGGCAACUCUUGUUCCCGACGCUGAGGACACUUUGGAGUAUUCCGAGACCUAUGGGCGCUCGCUGCGCCCCCUAAUCAACAGAGGACUCAGGCGAUGCGCCAGCUUUCCAUCCAUGCGGGCAGAUAUGAUCGAGAUGGAGCACGCAGAACAAUUGCAGGAGGUCAUUCAGCUCAUGGAUACGGAGUUGGAUAGAACUGUCGAAACGAUCGAUGGCCUUACACGAGAUCUCAUGGCUGUGGCAACACACCAGAACUGGAUGCAGAUGAAGCUGGAGAGGUCAAUGCGAUUGCAAGGAUUGGAGAGUGAACACGAUGAGAACACGCAUCCGUCAAGACAGUCCAUGGACACAGCUCGACCGUCUAUGUCAUCCGAUGCUGCGACUCGCUACGAGGAGGACGAGAUCUCGGGAGAGUUAGAGGAUUGGGAUGAUACAACGUUCUGGGAGAGCAGCGAUAUCGCCAGCAGCUCCUUGACGACGCUGCGAGGAAAUCCAUACGGCUCGUUUGAAGAUCCCAGCAUGUUGAAGAGGGAUUCAGACGACGUCGGCUUCGAGUCGAGGUUUGGGCUUCCGUUGGAAAGUCGACCAUCGGCGAGGGAUUUGUCGACGUAUUUUGAGACACUGGAGAAGCUAACAGCUAUGAGUCUGGAGCUUGAGGCCCGGAAUCUGGAGUACGCACACGGUGAAGAAGGUGACGAAGGCGAAGAGGAUGACAUGACCCAGCUCGACAAAAGCAUCAGCCAGCGGAGCUCUGGGUCCUCAUAUACCCUAAAUAACAAUUACAGGAUCUCCUCCUCGUCCAAUCGCUCCCUCGACACAUGCGUUGAGUACUUUUCAGGCCUAAAGGAUGAAGAGCGGGAUAUGCCAAACGGGGAGCUGGAUGUCGAUAUUUUGCCUGUAACAAAGUCUGGAAGCAUCGGCUACGAUGGUCAGCGGAGCAGCAUCACAGCCACCUCCACAAUGAUGUUCGAUGGACGGCGGCAGCGCCGAUUCACGAUGCCCGCCACAUGGCCAACACCGCGUCUCAUGGAAUCGGGUCAGGACCCACACCUGGAAGAGGAGGAUAUCCAGAUGUCCUCGGAGGGUCAUGUCGCUGUUACCAAUAUAUUCAACGUCUACGUGUGCCUGGUACUGAUGCUGUUCUGGAGCGUCGCGUUUGUGCUCGCGACUGUAUUUGUCAUUCCCUCGCUGGCGGGCAUGUCGAGGCAACGGGCUGUCAAAGCUAUGGAGGAUGUAGAGAGAGUAUUUGCCGUUCCCGGUUGUGAUGUUGGGGCGACUUUGGAGCAACAGCAGCAGCAGGAUGUGGCGAGUUAUGAUGGCCUGGAGAGGUUGCGGUCAGAAUACGGUUCAAAAUCAUACCGCGACUAUUGCCGCAGCGGUCUUUUCGACCAGACGAUUCGGCUGCGACCGAGGAACCGAGGGCGACUCAACCUGUCGCGACGACAGCGUGAUCGGAUUGUGGGCCUCAGGAAAGAGGACUGUGGAGCGACACCGAUGUCGUUGGGGACGGACUGGUAUGGGGGGAAUGAGAUACCGUCCAGAGACGCAUGUCUGUCCCCUGCGGGAUCAACGACCUCGAGCACGUUUUCCAUGGCCAAUUCAUCUGCUACUCUGGUGGAUUUGGCGUGCUACGGAGCAAGCCUAUAAAUAAAAGAGCUUAACGGCCUGCUUCUGGUCUUACGGUGA